GAAAUGGAGGCCGAGUGCAGGCGGUUUCACGGAUAUCAGUUCGAGACUGACGACGUGUUCCAGCGAGGUCUGGCCCAGCUCGGGGAGGCAGUGUGGUGUUCUGAGGAGCGGCUUCUCGAGGCCAAGAUCUACUAUUAUUGCAGGUUUAUUGGACCUAUUGAUCUUGAAAGCUACAAACGAUGGCUUUCUUCACAAAUUAUCGAUGCCAAGAAUGACUUAGCGGUAGAGGAAGAUAUGACAAAGGCUUUUGAGAGGCUGCUCAGACCGACUCCAAGUGAUCAAGGACAAAAUGACAAAUCAGCAACAAUAGAAACCACAAACUCACUGCCCAUAGAUCAGCAAGCAGAGAAUACUAUGGAUGCAAGAAUGCACCUUCAGAAUAGUGAAGAGAUAGGAGGUAAUGAGCACAAUGCUUUCUAUGAAUUAACAGAGGAUAGCCAAGUAAAAGAAUCCCAUGAAAAUAAAACAGUUGGUGACAUUACAAAUCUCUCUCCUAUUACCACGGAGGUUAAUGGAGGAAGCUGCACCCUUUCUUUUGCUCAAGUACUUCAUCUUGUGCAAAGUGGACAAGAAAUUCCUGGCAUUCAAAAAUGGAACAUUACAUCAAUUAAUAGUGCACCUACUGUUUCACAAAUGGCAAGGAAGCUCAAACCUUGGGAAAGGGUGUGAUAUUGUCAUUAUGGUAUUAAUUAAAAUUAGGAAAUGAUAUUAAUUUAUAACAGUGUUCAUUGUAAUUAAACUACAAGUGUAACUGGCUUCAGCUGAUUUUGAGAAAGAAUCGUAGUUCUCCAGAAUUUGAAUUUUGCUGUAGCAGGUGUUUGAAUUUGGUAACCAGAUUUUGAGUUCUUCCGGAUGCAAGACUUGGGGUACAAAGGGUUUCUUUGUAAGAGGAAUGUUCAGUCAUUCACCUGUUGAGAUAAUUUUCUUCAUAAUCAUAAGACGUGCUGUGAAUCCAAAAUAUUCUCCAAACCUGCUUGAAGAAUAAUCACAGCAAUAAGGGAAUUUAUUGCAACCUGAGAGAUGAGGGUCAUAGAUUAAAGAUCUACAUAAUGUAUGAUUUAACAUUCACUGUUACAAAGUUGAAUGCUGGUAGUGCAUUUUUUCCUAAUUUUUUGUAGUUAAGUAAUGCAUGUCAGUUGAGUACUGGUUUCAUAGAAGAGCAGGAUUAGCCAAUUCAGCCCAUCAAGCCUGCUAUGCCACUUAAUAUGAUUGUGGCUGAUCAAACACUUCAGUGCCUUUUACCAACACCAUCUGUAUCAUCCUUUAUGCCAUUGAUAAUCAAAAAUGUAUCAACAUCAAAGACUAAGCUUCUACAGCCCUCUCUGGGAUAGAGAAUUCCAAAGAUGGAUCACCCUCUGAGUAAAAAUAUUUCUCAUCUUGGUACGAAGUGGCAUCCCACUUAUUUUUAAGUUGUACUCCCUGGUUCUAGACUCCCAACCAGGGGAAACAUCUUAAUGGCAGUUACCUUGUCAAUUCCUUUAAGUAUUUUGUAGGUUUCAGUGAGAUCAAUUCUCAUUCUUCAAAACUCUAAUGAAUAUAGCCUCAGUUUGCCUCUGUUUGCAGAACAGUCCCACAUCCCAACAAGUCUGAUGAAUCUUCUUUGCACUCCCUCAAUGACAAUAAAAUCUUGCCUGAAAUAACGAGAUCAAUACACAGUAUUCACGUGUGGACUAACCAAGCUGCCAUAUAAUUGAAGCAAGGCGUCACUACUCAAAUUAUCUUGCAAUGCAAGCUAACGUUCCGUUAGCUUCCCUGAUAGCUUGCUGUACCUGCACUUUAGCCUUCAGUAACUUAUUAACAAGGACACCAAGUCCCUUUACAAAUUUAUACUUUCCAACCUUACUCAAUUUAAGAAAUAUUCUAUGCAUCUGUUCUCACCAAAAUGGAUAAUCUCAUGUUUUUCCAUAUUAUGUUCUAAUUAUCACAUUCUUACCCAAUCACUAAUUCUAUAUUAAUCCUCCUGAAGAAGUUUUCCAUCUUCCUCAAAUACACAUCUAUGAUUAGCUUCAUAUCCUGUGCGAAAUUGGAAAUAUUACAUUUAGUUCUCAUGUCCAAACCAUUGUGAACAGCUGGACCCCAAGUACUGAUCAUUGCAGUACCUCUCUUUCACAUUGGCAGACUAAGACUAAUGACCCAUUUAUUCCUUCUCUCUCUUAUGUCUGUUAGUUAAUCCCUAAUCCACUCCAGCCCUUUACCUAAUAUACCAUGUGCCUUGGUUUGGCUAACCAACCUCCUGUAGGGGCCUUAGCAGUGGAAGGAUGUUAUUAAAAGGUUCCUGAAAGUCAUACAACAUCCCUUUUAACAAUUAUGGUACCCAUCCUCAAAAAAUUCCAACCAGUUUUUAAAUUAUGAUUUUCCAUUUGCAAAUGCAUGCUAUGUCCAGUCAGAUCAGUUUUCUCCAAGUGCCAUUUGUCACUUCCUUUAUGAUAAGAGCCUUGCAUUUUCUUCAUUACUAGUGUAAGGCUGACAGAUUUGUAAUUUCUUGUUCUUUCUCGUGCUGCUUUCUUAACAGUUGGGUAACAUUUGGAAGCUUUUAAUCUGCAGGAACCAUUCCAGAGUCAAUGGAAUUGAGAAAAUGUUUACCAGUUCAUGGAUUGUCUCGAUAGUACCAGUAAGAGGCAGUCAGAUCCUAGGAAUUUAUCAACUUUCAAAGCCCCAUUAUUUUCUCCAGUACAACCUUCUGACUUAUUUCCUUCAAUUAUUCAUUUCUCCUAGUAACUUGAUUCUCUAAUUCCAGGAGACCUUUGUGACUUCCUCAGUGAAACCAGACACAAAGUAAUCAUUUAGCUUCUCCUCUAUUACUUUAUUCACUAAUAUAAAUUCUCCUAAUUCUGCUUUCAAUUAAUCCACCUUCGUCUUAGUCACUGUUUCCUUUAUGUACCUGUAGAAGUUUUUAAACUUCAUAGUUUUAUGCUAGAUUGCAUUUGUAUUUUCUUGUUCCUUAUCAGUUUCCUGCUUUGCUCAAAAACAACGUUAUAAAAACUUCACAGAUUUAGUAUUUCUUCUGGCCACUUCAAAGCCAUUUCUUCUAGUCGAACACAAUUCUUAACUUCCUUUACAAUUAAAAUGUAGAACAUAGAACAGUACAGCACAGCACAAGCCUUUCAGCUCACGAUGUUGUGCCGACCUGUUAUCCUACUAAGAUCAAUCUACCCAUUUUCUCAAAACUCGCUAUCAAUCUACCCUACUCUACAUUUUACUAUCCUCCAUGUGCCUAUCCAAGAGUUGUUUAAAAGUCUCCAAAGUAUCUGACUCCACUACCACUGUCAGCAGGGCAUUCCAUGUGACAACCAGUUAACUGACCUUUUUUGAGUUUUAGCACCUUGAUGGAAUAUGUUUUAAAUAAUGCAUUGUUUGUUUAAUACAGUUAAACAUAUCUAUGUUUCACAGGCAUUAUAGAGUUAGUUGUCUACCCAGUGUACAAAAGGAGCAAAAAAAAGAUAGAUAGCUUUCUUCUUCAAACCUUCAUAUGAACAUAGAAUAAAUUACCAAAUAAAGAGCAUUUAAUACAUGUUUAUUCUCCUAUGACAGAUAACUGGAAUUUUCAUUCCAAUAUCAGUGUUUUUCUUGCUGAUGUUUGCACUCAGAAUAAUCUUGAAUACCAAUAUGUUAGCAGUGUAGACUGUGUAUAGAUGUCAGCCAUGUACAACUUUAUUUUCAAGAAGAAUAAAUAUCAGUUCUGACAGAAAA